AUGGACGAGUCAACACCUCCACCGCCAGAUAUCGACGCAUACACACCCCCACCCCCACCAUCAGCAUCAACAGGCACACCAACAGAUUUCUUGAAAGGCGUGGUCGGGAAAAAGGUCAUCGUGCGUCUCACAUCAGGUGUUGAUUAUCGAGGCGUACUUUCAUGUCUAGAUGGAUAUAUGAACAUUGCGCUGGAGCAGACUGAGGAACAUGUGAAUGGGGUAGUUACGAAUCGAUAUGGGGACGCGUUCAUUCGCGGGAAUAAUGUGUUGUACAUAUCUGCUGCAGAACCGCUAUAA